AUGAGCAGCCACGGCAACAGUCUGUUCCUGAGGGAGAGCGGCCAGCGCCUGGGUGGCGUGGGCUGUCUGCAGGGCCUGCAGGACAGUCUGCAGCAGAGAGCACUGCGCACGCGCCUGCGUCUGCAGACCAUGACCCGAGAGCACGUGUGGCGCUUUCUGCGUAGAAAUGCCUUCAUCUUGCUCACAGUCAGCGCUGUGAUCAUUGGGGUCAGCCUGGCAUUCGCCUUGCGCCCAUACCAGCUUUCCUACCGCCAGAUCAAGUACUUCUCUUUUCCUGGUGAGCUGCUCAUGAGGAUGCUGCAGAUGUUGGUGCUCCCCCUCAUCGUCUCCAGCCUUGUCACAGGUAUGGCAUCCCUGGACAACAAGGCAACAGGGCGGAUGGGAAUGCGGGCAGCUGUGUACUACAUGGUGACCACAGUCAUUGCGGUUUUCAUUGGGAUCCUAAUGGUCACCAUCAUCCAUCCUGGGAAAGGCUCCAAGGAGGGGCUGCACCGUGAGGGCCGAAUUGAGACUGUACCAACAGCUGAUGCUUUCAUGGACCUGGUCAGAAAUAUGUUUCCACCUAACCUUGUGGAGGCCUGCUUCAAACAGUUUAAGACGCAGUACAGCACCCGAGUGGUAACCAGGACUAUUGUAAGGACAGAGAAUGGGUCAGAGCUGGGGGCCUCCAUGUCUCCCCCAUCCUCAGUGGAGAAUGAAACCAGCAUCCUGGAAAAUGUCACCCGGGCCUUGGGCACCCUGCAGGAGGUGAUAAGCUUCGAGGAGACUGUGCCUGUGCCUGGUUCAGCCAGUGGCAUCAAUGCCUUGGGCCUUGUGGUCUUCUCUGUGGCCUUCGGGCUGGUCAUUGGUGGCAUGAAGCACAAAGGCCGUGUCCUGAGGGACUUUUUUGACAGCCUCAAUGAGGCUAUUAUGAGGCUGGUGGGCAUCAUCAUCUGGUGA